AUGGCUGUUUCCACUUUCGUUCCAAUCACUACCUCAAAACCCAAAGAACAACAAAUCUCCAAACGAAAUAAGCGAAAAGAGAAAAAGCAAAAACAACCCUCUUCAUGGGAUCAAAUCAAAAGCUUGCUCACCUGCAAACAAAUCGAAGGUUCACAAGUCCAUGACCCUUCUUCAAAGAACGUAAUCGGUGGUGGGUACUCGAAGCUUGGCUCUACUUGUGGUUCUAUCUGUACCUUCCGUGACGUAGUUCACGGCAACACAAGAGUGGUUCACAGAGCUGAUAACUCGCCGGAAAGCAGUUCUCUGGGUCAAGAAACCGCUCUUCUUAGCCGGAAACCGGUGAAUGGUUCAACCAGGUCCAACCAUGGCGGAGGAACAUACUCUUCAUCUUCAAGAGGAAUUCAAUUAAGGAAGCUUUCUGGUUGUUACGAAUGCCACACCAUCAUUGAUCCUAGCAGGUACCCAUCUCCAAGAACAACAAUCUCUGCUUGCUCUCAAUGUGGAGAAGUCUUCCCCAAAAUUGAAAGCCUGGAGCUUCAUCAAGCUGUUAGGCAUGCCGUUACAGAACUAGAACCGGAGGAUUCAGGGAGAAACAUAGUGGAGAUAAUCUUCAAAUCAAGUUGGUUAAAGAAGGAUAAUCCAAUCUGCAAGAUCGAACGGAUAUUAAAGGUGCAAAACACCCAGAGAACGAUCCAACGGUUUGAGGAGUGUAGAGACGCGGUUAAGGGACGUGUGGUGAAUAACACUAAGAAAAACCCAAGAUGCGCCGCCGACGGGAACGAGUUGCUUAGGUUUCACUGCACCACCUUAAGCUGCGCACUAGGCGCACGUGGAUCUUCCAGUCUUUGCGGCUCUUUGCCUGGGUGUGGAGUGUGCACCAUCAUCAGGCAUGGAUUCCCUGGGAAGGCGCAGGAUGGGAAAGGGGUGCGUACUACAGCUAGUAGCGGUAGGGCCCACGACUGUCUUGAGGUUUGUACGGAAGGGAGAAGGGCUAUGCUAGUGUGUCGGGUGAUCGCUGGGAGGGUUAAGCGGAUCACGGACGAUCCGGCGACGGAAGAAGAGAGCGGGUCGGCCACUGGGAUUUACGAUUCGGUUGCCGGAAUCGCCGGAGCGUACUCGAAUCUUGAGGAGCUCUUCGUUUUUAAUCCAAAGGCUAUCCUUCCUUGUUUUGUCGUUAUAUACAAAGCUCUAGACUGACCUUAUGAGUAAGGUAAGUUAGUGGUUAGCUUUGUAUAAUACAAAGA